UUCUGCACACACUUGCAUCAGUAUGUUUCUCUACAUGCUGGUUUUCAUGGCGUAUUACAGCAGCAGAUGGAUUCCACUGAAUCAGAGGCUAAAAUUCUCUUCGUCAUGGGAAGGUAACUGGGAUGCAGGUCAUGGCGUGAAGCUAUGCAGAUCACGGGUUACUGGGAGGAAAAGGGAAAGCUUCAUUUAUGAUCGUGUUUGCUUUGAUUUAAGGCCAAAAUCCUCAAGGUACUGCAGGCAGCCUCUUCUGGAGAACUUGGCAGCCUCCGUUGCCUUGUCAAUCAUUGCUUCAGGAUUUUCUGUGACAUUCACACUGCUAGAUCCAGUUCCUCAGAGCCUUUGGGCUGCAUAUUAUGUGUUUGGGUUAAUGUCAUGUGGACAUGGACUGUGUACGUCCAUCCUGACUCUCACAGCUGCUUCAUGUGCCAAAACCACUCCGGAGCUUUACUACACUUCUGUGACCCUGACAGCCGUCUCCACUAUCAGUACAGGUUUUUUCAUGGUGAGAGGAGGACUGUGGCUUGCUAAAAGGCAGUCGAUGACUAGGACAAGCAGAAGCAACGAGUGAUGAAACGCUCCAGCUGCCGCCGACACGCUGACAUGUGAUCCUGCACACUUAAAGAAUUCAUGAGGGCUUCUGCAGCUGGUAACUUUAAACCAUGAACCAAAAAAAAAAAAAGUGCAAGUGGCUUAAUCCACCAAAAGUUUUAAUGCUUCCUGCCGAGAAGCAGAUGUUGUAGUUAGAAAUGUUAACGGCAUGUUUUACAGAACAAAAUAACAAAGUAAGCUAGUACAAAUAUAGUUUACACACUAGGACAAAGCGGAAGUCAAACAUUUUAAAUGAGUUUUCAUUAAUGUGCUCAUUUGUUAGUUCAUAACUAGUAUUUUGAAGCUUUAUUCUAACUUGUUUACAUGAUUUAACCAGAUUUUUUUUUACUUUAUAAAGAUUUGCAUGAAUUUCCUGACGAAUGCUGAAUUUUAACCUGUUGCGAGAAUCUCUAGUUCUCUAAAGUUUGAUGUUUAAAUUUGACUUGCAUUGCAUUAUUUAUCAGCAGUGUGUUAAUGUUUAGCCCCCAAAUUAUGAAAAGAAAUAGUUUUAGAAUUUGACUUAUAGUCAGAAAUGUGAGCUAAUAUUGGAUUUCUCUUCAGCUGUGGAGAUGCAGCGUCUGAUCAGUAAAUCUAUAAUAAAGAGCUAAACGUUUUUGUUUGAUGUUCCUGAAACCAGCAAAUGGACUGGUUUUAUGUAAAUAUAGUAAAAAGUGAUGUUUCCUAGGAUGAACUCUUGACAUGAGACGUUCAUGGACAUUCGGGGACUUUUCUAAACCAAAUAACUUCAUACAAAGUGAGAUGUAACUGCAUGAAAAAAGCCCCAGAAAUCAGAGAGCAAAGGCAAAACCUCAAGUGUAAUUUAUUGCCUUUUAGAACAAAAGAAACAAACUAAAUUUAUAAUAAUUAAAAAAAAACUAUUUAGCUAAUGUGCAUUUCUUCAUUUCUGAUCAUUCUUUAGCUGUAUUUUUAAAACGUACACAAAUAAACGUGGUAGCUUUAAUACAUGACAUGAGACUUUA